AUGUCCUUGGCCUCUCCUUCUACAACCUCGCUCUCGUCUCGGCGAUCCUUCAUCCCCGCCCCAUUGACUUCCAAGCCCUCCCUAACCGUCAGCACACCCUCCACUUCAUCAGCUGCUACUACCAACACUACAACAUCGUCCAACACCAACACCAAGCGACAUAGCCAAGUCUUACUGGAGGACGCUCUUCCAACACAAAGGCUCCCCAUUGUCUCUACCCCACAACAUCGAUCCAUCUCUGCCUACUUUUCCGACUACAGUCUAGAAUGUGGUGCAGCCUCCCCCUACAUCUCUGAACCUGUCUGCGUACUACCCAACCUCUACCUCGGAGCAGAACACAACGCAACCAACGUCAAGGUAUUAAAGCGACUCGGCAUCACCUUUGUCUUGAACGUCGCGAUCGAGAUUGCACAGCAGGAAGGAUCGACAGCAACAACGACAAUACAACUUGAUACUAGUGCUGCAGAGGAAGCCACUCGGGGUAGCAUCGAGUUCAAGAGCCUUGCAUGGACACACCACCAAAAGGAUCUGUUGCGCGAAUUCCCGACGGCGUUUGCGAUGAUUGACAAGGCCUUGGCGGCUAGUAAUGGACAGGGCAAGGCAUUGGUGCACUGCCAACUGGGUGUCUCUCGGUCUGCCAGUUUGGUGAUUGCCUAUGUGAUGCGGGCGCGCGGGAUGGGACUCACCGAGGCAUACGAUUAUGUCAAGCAACGGUCGGGUGUUAUUUCGCCCAACAUGAGCCUGAUGUACCAGUUGGCCGAGUUUGAGAAGGGUCUCAAGAAGCAAGGUGAUGGAUUUUUUACGACCAGUGAGUUCGCGACAGCCCCAGGUCAGAACCGUGACUCUUGGUGUUCCCAGAUGGGCGAUGAUGAUGAGCCCCCAUACCCCUUCUCUGCUGCCUUCUCUGCCGCCGAUGCUACUCCUACGAUUCCGAGUCCUUUUUCAUCGGAUAUGAACAUGACGCCCGAGAUCAUGAUCAUGGAUGAGCCAGCCACGCCGAGCAGAUCCGAGUUCUACAAGCGACCCUUAACACCCGAGAGCAGGAUGGAGGACCACCCCAGCACCAAGCCAUUCCAGGGCUCGAACCGCCCUUCCCACACGCGCCUUGCCCUCCCAGCCUCCCGACGAUUGAGUCUCACCUCUUCGCCCCAGCACUCAAAGUUCACACCUCGGUCGCCUCACUUGCGCGGCGCUCCCAUAGGGCUGUCCAUUUCCUCGAAUACUGAAGGCGCCACCCCUCGCUCGUUCUCUCUGUCGCCCAAGACUCCAAUCCGGGACCGGUUUCCUACGAUGACGCUGCCAAUGUCGGGCGAUAUCGAGAUGAUGGUACCACCAACACCCUUGUUCCAGUCCUCUUUCUCAAUUCCUUCCUUGACGUCUUCUUCGUCUUCGUCCUCAUCAGCAUCGUCGGUGUCGUCUUUUGAGGCAUGCUCACGGCCAUCGAUCUCAUCGACGGUCUCGUCGUCGUCGUACUUUACAGCCUGCGACGACGACGAGAGUGCACUCGACAUUGAGUUUGGGUACGACACCAUCUCGCCUCGUAACUCCGGGUCCUGGUCAUAUUACCCAUCUGCCGUCUCCAGUGGGUUGUUGACUUGGCCCAUGGCACUGUCUUCAGCUUCAUCAUCUUCGUCACCGGCCCAACAUCCAUUGACGAUCUCGUACCCACCAGAGUCGACACCAUCCUUGCCACCAUUGCAAGAACCGAUCAAGAAGAAGAACAAGAAGGCGAUGUGGUCGGGCCUUAAGGUUCUCCAAGUCGUGACUGAGACCUCACCCUCCUCCUCCUCCUCUGCAGCUGCCUCUCCUACUUCGUCUACUUCCUCUUCAUCGACAAGUCUCUACUCAUCUGAUCUAGACGAUCCCUCUACCGCCCUUGCCACAACACCCACAGCAACAACACCAACAACGGCCAUGGUACCUUGUCCUUCUCCCGCUAUCAGCACCGCCGGCGCUACCGUUGCAACGAUGACAGCCACAUCUGCUAUCAUGUCGAAGCAAACAUCCCUACCAGACUUUAUUUUCUCGCCAAGACCUUAUACACCCACACAUCAUCGCCGCCACCACGAGUCCCGGACGUUUGGUGACUUUUACCAGGCCCUCUGCAUGGAGGGAUAA